CGGCAGACGACACCCGCCAGCGGCCGGGCACGCUCCGCGCUCACGCUCCCCAAACAAUGCUCCGGGGCGCCCGGCCCGGCGGCUGGCGGCGCGGCGACCGACGGCGAGGCCCGGGGAGCGUGGCCCCGAGUCAAAAAAAUCAGACUGUCAUUGAUAAAAUGCACCCGUCCCCUGGAGGGGUAGACCUCUGAUCAGGCAAGUGUUCUGCCUUUCCAGGAAGCCGCUCUGUGACCGACAUCUGCCUCCUGCAAGACCACGCCAGAGAGCUGGGUGCAAGAUGAGCCAGCACGUCGUCUGCUUAAGAUACACCAGGCCAUCCGAUUGAUCCCUGAGAGCCCGAAAAUGUCUGCGUGCAGUGACUUUGUGGAGCAUAUCUGGAAGCCCGGGUCCUGCAAGAACUGCUUCUGCCUGCGGAGUGACCACCAGCUGGCACCCAGCCAUCCCCAGUCGCGAGCAGGCAGCCUGCCCCCUCCACCCCACCUGCCCCCCAGGCCUGAGAACUGCCGCCUGGAAGAUGAAGGUGUGAACAGCUCGCCCUACUCCAAGCCCACGAUUGCCGUGAAGCCCACCAUGAUGAGCUCCGAGGCCUCUGAUGUGUGGACAGAGGCGAGCGUGGGUGGCGACAUCUCACAGGUCAUCUGGAGACGAGUCCCUGGCAAGCUCCCCGUCCCGAAGCAGGAAGAUGUGCCCAUCGUUUUCCUGGGCAGCUUCCGUGGUGCCCAGAAGCCUCCUGGGCCCCCUGCCCCCGCAGAUGGCCGCUCCCGCUGCGCCCCUGCGUACGCCAUGGUCGGCCUGCACGGCCUAGAGGCUCGGGGCGAGCGCAACACCGCCUUCCGCCCAGUGACUUGCCCCGGUGAGAAGGCUGGGCGAGAAGAUAAAUCCACGUUUCCCUACCAGGAGCGGACCUCCACUCAGGAGAGCUCCCGCCGGAAACUGGCCGCCUUUGAUGGGAUGACAUCUCGCUGUCACAAGGGCCCCGGGCCCUGCCGCUCUCCACAGCCCCUGCGGGGGUCCCUGCCCUCCGAGGAUGACAGCGAUCAAAGGUGCUCACCCUCAGGGGACAGCGAAGGGGGAGAGUAUUGCUCCAUCCUGGACUGUUGCCCCGGGAGCCCUGUGGCUAAGGACACCUCGCAGGCUGCAGGCUCCUGGCGCAGACGCGGCAGAGGGGACAGCUCACCAACGCGCUGGGAGCAGGGGACAUGUGCGGGGCCAGCUGGGGACGACAAGCGGGGUUUGAGCUUCCCGAGGGAGAACCCGCCCGCCCUGGGCCCCAAGAAGCCGUCCCUUACCGUAGAGGCGGCAGGUUCUUCCGACGGCCUCUCCUGCGGCAGCGGCAGCAGCCGGGCCAGCAGCCCCUCGGCCGCCCUCCGGGACAGUGACUACUGCUCGCUCAUGAAGGAACCUGUGCUGGAGAAACAGCAGGGCUCUGGGUGCCAUGCCGCGACCUCUAGCAGGUGCCGUGGGCCGACUGGGGAGCCCCGGCCCCUGGCCCACCCCAGGGAGGUUGUGCAGCCUGAACCCAUCUAUGCCGAGAGCACCAAGAGGAAGAAGGCGGGUCCCGUGCCUUCCAGGCCUCCGGCCAAGGUGGAACAGGCAGCACCUGGUCAGGGCCAGGGCCGGACGGCUACCACCUGGGCUCAGAAAACAGCAUCUGCCUGGGGCCGGGACAGGGAAGGCCCAGAGGUGGCCCCCCAGGUGGCGGCCACCAUCACGGUCAUGGCUGCCCACCCAGAAGAGGAUCACCGGACAAUCUACCUGAGCAGCCCUGACUCCGCAGUGGGGGUGCAGUGGCCGCGCGGGCCUGGGAGCCAGGACUCUGAGGCAGGAGAAGAGGAGACUUCGGCUGGGCAGGGCCCGAGCUCCAGAGAAAGACACCGCCACGAUGCCAGCGAGAGCACAUCCAAGGGGAAGCCCGCCAUUCCCCCCAAGCUGUCCAAGAGCAGCCCCGGAGGGUCCCCGGUGUCACCGUCUGCCUCGCCACUGUCGGACCUCAGCGAGGGGAGCUCUGGUGGAGGCGGCACUGGGCCCCAGCCUUCCUCCAGGGGCCCCGCUGACCAUGCUUCCUCCUGCCGGACCAGUGGUGACUCCAACAGGUGUGCCCCGCCGGCCGUCACAGCCUCAGCCCUGGACCAGAGGCGGCCCCGGUACCAGACUGGGGCCUGGAGUCGGCAGUGCCGGAUAGAGGAAGAGGAGGAGGUGGAGCCAGAAUUGCUGAGCCAAAGCUGGAGAAGAGAGGUGGAAAAUGGCACCGCAGACCCCUCGAGCGCCGCCACCUGGCACCGUCUCCACCCCGCAGGCGGAUCCUCCGGGCAGAGCAGCAAACCUGGGACUGGGAUGAGCAAGUCAGCCUCUUUUGCCUUUGAGUUCCCCAAGGACAGAAGUGGGAUGGAGACAUUCUCACCUCCGCCGCCACCUCCAAAGUCUCGGCAUCUUUUAAAAAUGAAUAAGAGCAGCUCUGAUUUGGAAAAAGUGAGCCAGGGCUCUGCAGAAAGCCUGAGCCCAUCCUUCAGAGGCAUCCACGUCAGCUUCACUACGGGCUCUACGGACAGCCUGGCCUCAGACUCCAGGACCUGCAGCGAUGGAGGCCAGUCGUCCGAGCCUGCACACUCGCCCAGCAGCAGUGGGAAGCAGCUCUUUGCUCCUGUUCCCUUCCCCUCGGGCUCCACGGAGGACGUGUCCCCCAGCGGCCCCCUGAAGCCCCCACCUCUCCCGCAGAAGAAGCUCGUGAGCCGGGCAGCCUCUUCACCAGACGGCUUCUUCUGGACCCAGGGCUCCCCCAGGCCAAGAACAGCAAGUCCCAAACUGAACCUCAGCCACUCGGAAACCAAUGUCUGCGUCCGCGAAGAGUCUCCCUUCAGCUACUCCUCAAGCCCUGGGAACCGCCACCAUCAUGUCUUCUCCUCUUCUGAGCCACUGGAGAAAACUGUCAAAGGUAACAGCCCCUGGGCCCCAGCACCAGGGCUGGCGGGCAGCAGAAGUGGCUGUGGGGGCCCCAACCUCCAGGGCAGAGGGGCCCCCUCGGCCUCAUCCUCGCAGCUGAGCGUGUCCAGCCAGGCCUCCGGCAGCAGCGCCCAGCUUCAGCUACACAGCCUCCUGAGCAGCAUCGGCAGUAAGGAGAGCACCUACGCCAAGCUGGGGGCGCUCUACGCCCAGUCCCUGGCCCGCCUCGUGGCCAAGUGCGAGGACGUGUUCAUGGGCGGCCAGAAAAAGGAACUGCACUUCAACGAGAAUAACUGGUCGCUCUUCAAGCUGACCUGUAACAAGCCCUGCUGUGACUCAGGGGAUGCCAUUUAUUACUGUGCCACCUGCUCCGAGGAUCCUGGCAGCACAUACGCUGUGAAAAUCUGCAAAACCCCUGAGCCCAAAACGGCCUCCUACUGCAGCCCUUCUGUGCCCGUGCACUUCAACAUUCAGCAGGACUGCGGCCACUUUGUGGCCUCCGUGCCCUCCAGCAUGCUCACCUCUCCCGACGCACCCAAGAACCCACUGCCGGCCGUGCCCUCACACCCCCCUGCCCAGGAGCAGGACUGCGUGGUGGUCAUCACCCCAGAGGUGCCCCACCAGACCGCCUCUGACUUUGUGCGGGACUCAGCCACCAGCCAUCAGUCUGAGCCUGAGGUUUACGAGCGGCGCGUGUGCUUCCUGCUUCUGCAGCUCUGCAAUGGGCUGGAGCAUCUGAAGGAGCACGGGAUCAUCCACAGGGACCUGUGCCUGGAGAACCUGCUGCUGGUGCACUGUGCCCCCCAGGCGCCCGCUGUCACCCCCGCUGCCGCCCUCUCCUCUGCGACCUCCAGUGCCCCUCCCACCACCGCCUUACCCGCACCGGCAGCCAGUCCUGCCUCCUGCCCCUCUGCUGCCCCACCAGCGGGUGUCACUCCCAGCCCCCUGGCGGCCCCCACCUGUCAGGGUGUGCCCAGUGAGAAGUACUUGCCCAGGCUCAUCAUCAGCAACUUUCUGAAGGCCAAGCAGAAGCCCGGCGGCACCGCCAACCUCCAGCAGAAAAAGAGCCAGGCCCGGCUGGCCCCCGAGAUCGUGUCUGCCUCCCAGUACCGCAAGUUCGACGAGUUCCAAACAGGCAUCCUCAUUUAUGAGCUGCUGCACCAGCCCAACCCGUUCGAGGUGCGCGCGCAGCUGCGGGAGCAGGACUACCGGCGGGAGGACCUGCCCCCGCUGCCCACCCUGUCCCUGUACUCGGCCGGCCUGCAGCAGCUCGCGCACCUGCUGCUGGAGGCCGACCCCAUCAAGCGCAUCGGCGUGGGCGAGGCCAAGCGGGUGCUGCAGUGCCUGCUCUGGGGGCCCCGGCGGGAGCUGGUGGAGCAGCCCGGCUCCUCCGAGGAGGUGCUGCGCGGUGCGCUGCACAACUGGAUCGACAUGAAGCGGGCCCUGAUGAUGAUGAAGUUCGCCGAGAAGGCGGUGGACCGCAGGCGCGGCGUGGAGCUGGAGGACUGGCUCUGCUGCCAGUACCUGGCGUCCGCCGAGCCCAGGGCCCUCCUAGAGGCGCUGAAGCUCCUGCAGCUUCUGUGAGCGCCGCCCAGCCCCGCACUUUAGCUGCCUGACCCCCACUGGACCCUGUGCGCCGCCUUGCCUUGGAAACGUCUGUGUCUCCCUGGGAAAUGGUACAAACGACUGUCCUACUCGGAUGUAAUAUAUAUAUAUAAUAUAUAUAAAUAAUGACA